GGUGACAACAUGCUGGAGCCAAGUGCUAACAUGCCUUGGUUCAAGGGAUGGAAAGUCACCCGUAAGGAUGGCAAUGCCAGUGGAACCACGCUGCUUGAGGCUCUGGACUGCAUCCUACCACCAACUCGUCCAACUGACAAGCCCUUGCGCCUGCCUCUCCAGGAUGUCUACAAAAUUGGUGGUAUUGGUACUGUUCCUGUUGGCCGAGUGGAGACUGGUGUUCUCAAACCCGGUAUGGUGGUCACCUUUGCUCCAGUCAACGUUACAACGGAAGUAAAAUCUGUCGAAAUGCACCAUGAAGCUUUGAGUGAAGCUCUUCCUGGGGACAAUGUGGGCUUCAAUGUCAAGAAUGUGUCUGUCAAGGAUGUUCGUCGUGGCAACGUUGCUGGUGACAGCAAAAAUGACCCACCAAUGGAAGCAGCUGGCUUCACUGCUCAGGUGAUUAUCCUGAACCAUCCAGGCCAAAUAAGCGCCGGCUAUGCCCCUGUAUUGGAUUGCCACACGGCUCACAUUGCAUGCAAGUUUGCUGAGCUGAAGGAAAAGAUUGAUCGCCGUUCUGGUAAAAAGCUGGAAGAUGGCCCUAAAUUCUUGAAGUCUGGUGAUGCUGCCAUUGUUGAUAUGGUUCCUGGCAAGCCCAUGUGUGUUGAGAGCUUCUCAGACUAUCCACCUUUGGGUCGCUUUGCUGUUCGUGAUAUGAGACAGACAGUUGCGGUGGGUGUCAUCAAAGCAGUGGACAAGAAGGCUGCUGGAGCUGGCAAGGUCACCAAGUCUGCCCAGAAAGCUCAGAAGGCUAAAUGAAUAUUAUCCCUAAUACCUGCCACCCCACUCUUAAUCAGUGGUGGAAGAACGGUCUCAGAACUGUUUGUUUCAAUUGGCCAUUUAAGUUUAGUAGUAAAAGACUGGUUAAUGAUAACAAUGCAUCGUAAAACCUUCAGAAGGAAAGGAGAAUGUUUU